AUGGCGCUCGGACUGAAUGCCAUCAACUUCCCGCCCAAGUCCCCUCCUUUACUUCAUCCCUCACCCUAUUUCAACCCCAAAUGCAGAGCCCCAACUGCUUUCGCGCGAAAUCCCAACAAUGGCGGCGAUUAUCCCUCCCCGGCUCUCGCUCCAAAGUUCACAGGCAAACCUGAGGCAGAUGUAGUAAUCAUUGGGAGUGGAAUAGGCGGACUUUGUUGUGGUGCACUUCUUGCUAGAUACAAUCAGGAUGUUUUGGUGCUUGAAAGCCAUGAUGUUCCGGGAGGAGCUGCCCAUUCCUUUGAGAUCAAAGACUACAAGUUUGACUCUGGCCCAUCGUUGUUCUCCGGCUUCCAGUCGAGGGGUCCUCAGGCAAACCCACUGGCGCAAGUUCUUGAUGCAUUGGGGGAAACUAUCGAAUGUGCAACCUAUGAUUCGUGGAUGGUAUACAUACCAGAAGGUGAAUUCUUGUCACGAAUUGGCCCGACCGAGUUUUUCAAGGAUCUACAGACAUACGCUGGUCCAGAUGCUGUGCAAGAAUGGCAAAAACUUCUUGAUGCAAUAUUUCCGUUAUCAGCGGCUGCAAUGGCCCUUCCUCCUCUUUCCAUACGAGGUGACAUCGGAGUUCUUUCAACAGCUGGUGCUCGAUACGCACCAUCUCUCUUAAAAUCUUUUGCUCAAAUGGGACCUAAGGGAGCCCUUGGAGCCUCAAAGCUUCUAAGGCCUUUCUCAGAAAUAAUUGACUCGUUGGGUCUAAAAGAUCCAUUUGUAAGAAAUUGGGUGGACCUUCUCUCCUUUUUGCUUGCUGGGGUGAAAUCCGAUGGUAUACUUUCAGCUGAGAUGAUAUAUAUGUUUUCAGAAUGGUACAAACCAGGGUGCUGUCUGGAGUAUCCUCUUCAUGGGAGUGGGGCAAUUGUUGAUGCUCUUGUGCGAGGUCUGAUGAAGUUUAAUGGCCGUCUUUCUCUGAGAAGCCAUGUGGAUAAUAUAGUCGUUGAGGAUGGUCGAGCUAUAGGAGUUAAGCUGAGAGGUGGACAAUUUGUUCGUGCUAAAAAGGCUGUUGUCAGCAAUGCAUCCAUGUGGGACACACUUAAUCUUUUGCCAAAGGAAGUUGUUCCAAAAUCAUAUCAGGAAGGGAUUGAAAAGACUCCACAAUGUGAAUCAUUUAUGCAUCUGCAUUUGGGCUUCGAUGCUGAGGGUAUACGUGAAGACCUUGGAAUUCAUCACAUAGUUGUUAAUGACUGGGAGAGAGGAGUCGACUCCAAUCAAAACGUGGUCCUAAUAUCAGUGCCUAGUGUGCUUAGCCCCAAUCUUGCACCACCUGGAAAACACGUGCUACAUGCCUACACACCUGGGACUGAGCCGUUUGAGCUUUGGGAGGGUCUCGACCGAAAGAGUAGUGAGUACAAGCAACUCAAAGUUCAAAGGAGUGAGGUAAUGUGGAAAGCUGUGGAGAGAGCUGUUGGUCCAGGCUUUGACCGGGAAACAUGCGAGGUGAAGUUAGUUGGGAGUCCACUAACUCAUCGAAGGUUCCUUAGACGCAAUAGAGGGACUUACGGUCCGGCUAUAAAAGCUGGCAAGGGUUCGUUUCCUGGGCACUCGACCCCAAUUGCGCAGCUCUUUUGCUGUGGGGACUCGACUUUCCCGGGCAUUGGUGUCCCAGCAGUUGCUGCCAGUGGUGCCAUUGUUGCGAACUCGCUUGUUCCGGUUUCACAACAUUCAGAGCUUCUUGAUGCUGUUGGGAUAUGA